AUGUCAGCCCCUCAGAAUGAGCAGCACAUGGGUCCCCCAUACCCUCCCAAAACUGCCUCUAUUGGUGGUGUGCCCACCGUCGGAGUCGAUGUUCCAAUCUGCGUUGUCUUCAUGUUUCUCUUCAUCCUGGGCGCCGCAGGGCAUAUGACCAUACUCCAAAUUAACCUCAAGCGAGGCCACAAAUUCAUUAUGAGUGGUCUCAUGUUCGGCUUUUGCAUGGCGCGUAUAGUGACCAUGAUCAUGCGCAUCGUGUGGGCGGUAUAUCCCACUGAUGUGCAAGUCGCCAUUGCUGCCAUGAUCUUUGUUUCGGCCGGUGUUCUCCUCCUCUUCCUCAUCAAUCUCCUCUUCGCUCAGAGAAUCGUACGGGCGGCGCACCCUCACUUCGGCUGGCACAGGGCUCUGAAGGCCGUCUUCACGAUCCUGUACUUCUUGAUCCUGGCAAUGCUGGUUGUGGUCAUCACUGCUACGGUUCAGUCAUUCUAUACUCUCAACCAGAACAUUCGCGACAUUGAUCGAGACAUGCAAAUGGCUGCAGCGACAUACUUCAUGUUUAUCUCAUUCCUUCCCAUUCCCAUGGUCAUCCUGGGUCUGGUUAUUCCCCGGAAGACAAGACUUGAGAAGUUUGGGAGUGGUCGAUGGAGGAGCAAGAUCGCCAUCCUCCUGACGUCGGCUGGCAUCCUCUGUCUCGGGGCAUCCUUCCGGGCGGGCACCGCUUACAAGAACCCCCGACCCAGAGAUGACCCAGCAUGGUAUCACGCCAAAUGGUGCUUCUACUUCUUCAAUUUCACCAUUGAAAUCGUUGUCAUCUAUUCAUACUUGGUCCUUCGAGUCGACCGCCGCUUUCACAUUCCUGACCAAAGCAAAGGCCCUGGUGACUACCUGGCAGAACAGAACCCUAAGGAGGGAGAAGGAGAGCAGGAGGCCGUUUUUCGUAGUAUGAGUAGUGUCACUCGGAUCCUUUCGGAGGAAGAAGUAUUUGAUGACGAGUCGCCAAUCGAAAGAAAAUCAAGCAAACGUGUCGAGUCUCAGGCGUGA